UUUGUAUAAGACCAUGAGUAUACCCAUCAAGAUCUCAAUUUUCUUCUUGUCAACCAUUGCGUCACUCUUUUGUCAACGAGCGCCAUAAUUUUCGAUUCUUCAGCCAUGUCCCCGAAGCUCUUUCUCGCGGCGUCGGCGCUGGCUGCUUCUGUUCUUGCUCAAAUUCCCGGAACUUUGACUCCUGAGGUUCACCCCUCCUUGGCCACUCAGCAAUGCACCAAAGCUGGUGGAUGUGUCACUGUGAACACUUCAAUUGUUCUUGAUUCUCAGUACAGAUGGAUGCACAACGUUGGAGGACAUAUCAACUGCGUUAGUACCGGAUUCAACAGCACCUUGUGUCCUGAUGCAGCCACUUGUGCCAAGACCUGUGCCCUGGAAGAUGUUGAUUAUGCCAGCUACGGCAUCCACACUUCAGGCAGUUCUUUGACUCUCAACCUUUUCAAGCAAGAGUACAAUGUGACUACUCAGUCAUCGCCCAGAGUCUACCUUCUUGCCAAUGAGACCACAUACGAUAUGCUCCACCUCCUCAACAAAGAGUUGACAUUCGAUAUCGAUGUGUCGCAAGUUCCCUGCGGUAUCAAUGGCGCUCUCUAUCUUUCUGAGAUGGAUCCUACUGGUGACUCCAGUUACUUGAACAAGGCUGGUGCAAAAUACGGAACUGGGUAUUGUGAUGCUCAGUGCCCAGUUAACAACUUCGUCAAAGGUGUUGCAAAUUUGAACAUGACAAAUGGUGCUUGCUGCAACGAGAUGGAUAUCUGGGAAGCCAACAACGCCGCCACUGCCUUCACGCCCCAUCCCUGCAAUGCCACAGGCUACCUCGGUGUCUGCGACUCGGAUGGUUGCGACUACAACGCAUACCGCAUGGGUAACCAGAAUUUUUACGGCCCAGGUAAGGCGGUCGACACAACCAAGCCUUUCACUGUUGUCACGCAAUUCAUCACCUCGGACUGCACCGACAAGGGAACACUCUCCUCAAUCAAGCGUCUCUACGUCCAAGGCGGAAACGUCAUCGCCAACGCCGCAGUCAACAUCCCCGGCAUGGCUACCCAGAACAACAUCGAUAACGCCUACUGCGCUUCCGAGAAGAAGGUCCUGGGCGGAAGUGAUGCGUUCACCAACCAUGGUGGAAUGUCCCAAAUGGGCCAGGCUCUCAGCCGUGGCAUGGUACUCAUCUUUAGCAUCUGGAUGGACAACGGAAGUGGCAUGCAGUGGCUUGAUGCUUCUUUCCCUGCGACCGCCAAUGCUACAACACCGGGCGUUGCAAGAGGCCCUUGCUCGGCUACUUCCGGAGAUACUACAAUGCUUACCGCUAAGUAUCCUAAUGCUGCUGUUACGUUCUCGAACAUCAAGGUUGGAGAGCUUCAGUCUACAUUUGGAAAUCCCGCCGCUGUUCCCAAGAAUUAGAGGCACGAACCAUGUGCUGAAAUUAUAU